AAUGAAUGAGAAUAAAAACUACGUAUCGAACAAAGGGCAACCGGGCCCACGAAGAUCAACUUCGACGAAGCGAAAACGCAAAAGAGAAGGGAGGGGGGAUGGGCGAAGGGAAGCGCAGCGCGGGAUAAUAAGAAACGAUGAGAAGAGAAAGUUUUGAGAAGGAGUGAAAAUCCAUCUCUGAAAGAGGACAUGUCGAUAUGACUCUAAACCAACCCGGUCCCCGUCCAGGUGCAGGAUGGCACGGACGAUUUUUCGGGGGAGCGAGAUCGUCGUGGUUCUUCCUGGGUAUCACGGGCGCUGAGCCCAUCAACCCUUCGCGCAAAAGUGGCAAGGAUACCGCCGUCUACAAGAUCGCCAGGCCAGGAUUUGUGGCUCGGAGUUGGACAAACCCGGCUCUCUGUGGCGGGGAAACCGAGAAAGACGCGAUGCGAGUGGCCGGCAGUGUCGAGCCCGACCAAAGCACUAUCACGUCUUCCCGCUUGGCCUCUUCGUCGUGCCGGGUCUGCUGCGUCGUCAAUCAUCGUCCGUUCGCCGGUGAGACAGAAGUGUGCUGCUUCCCGGAUGUGCUACCGUCGCAUGCAGUUCGAGUUACAUCGUCAAUCAAGCCCCAGCCACGGCGCGGCAGGGGGCAUCACACCGCACAGCCCUAGUACAGUCUCUUCCCACCGGCGGACGGGCAGCCCCAACGGGCACAUCCUGACUUACCUAUGUAGCGCUCCUACGCAGGACGUAGUAGGUUGGGAGGCCAAGCGUGGCGCGGGGACGCUCUCCCCUCCCUCCAGAGACACGGAA